AUUAAGGGGUUACCUCAGCAAAUGGAAUUAGUUGAGCGCCUUACCCGACCACUGGCAUUUUGAGGUCCGCUCAAGGCUCGACACUUUUCAAACAAUGCAUCUUAAUGUUUGGACUAUUACUACCUUCCUUUUUUUGGUUGGAUCCACUUUUUCAAAAUCUUUCCUCAACAUUGCUGGAGAAAAUGACGCUAAAAACUUGAGAAUCAUUGGUGGAAUCGACGCUCCAGCUGGCCAAUAUCCAUUUACGGCAAGUAUUCUUUCCGUACGGAGUGCUUGUGCUGGAACUUUAAUUGCUCCUUCCUAUGUCUUGACAGCGGCCCACUGCGUUACUCUACAUUCCACCAGCGCCGAUGAGAUAUGGUAUUCCAAGGUGUACCUGAAUACGUUGAAUGUAACUGGUGGAGGAACGGGCUCCAUUACGAGAUCCGUGUCCAAAUUUAUCGUCCAUAAAAACUACUCCAGCAUUGGCACUGGUUACGUUAAUGACAUCGCCAUCAUAGUUUUAGACUCACCCGUAACAACGAUUACUCCAGUCCCAACUGCAGAGGAAACAACAACAACAGCGCAAUCAGUAACACAAGAAACAACAACAACUGAAACUUCUACAACAACCGAAGAACCAACAACAACACCGGAACCCACAACGACCGAAGAAAUCACAACCACCGAAGAACCCACAACAACCGAAGAACCAACAACAACCGAAGAACCAACAACUACUGAAGAACCAACAACAACCGAAGAACCAACAACUACUGAAGAACCAACAACAACCGAAGAACCAACAACUACUGAAGAACCAACAACAACCGAAGAACCAACAACUACUGAAGAACCAACAACAACAGAGGAACCAACAACAGAGGAACCCACAACGACCGGAGAACCCACAACAACCGAAGAACCAACAACCACUGAAGAACCAACAACAACUGAGGAACCCACAACGACCGAAGAACCCACAACCACCGAAGAACCAACAACUACUGAAGAACCAACAACAACUGAGGAACCCACAACGACCGAAGAACCCACAACGACCGAAGAACCCACAACAACCGAAGAACCAACAACUACUGCAGAACCAACAACAACCGAAGAACCAACAACAACAGAGGAACCAACAACAACAGAAGAACCCACAACGACCGAAGAACUAACAACUACUGAAGAACCCACAACGACCGAAGAACCAACAACUACUGAAGAACCAACAACAACUGAGGAAGCAACAACAACCGAAAAACCAACGACUGAAGAACCAACAACGACUGAAGAACCAACAACAACAGAAGAACCCACAACGACCGAAGAACCAACAACAACAGAGGAACCCACAACGACCGAAGAACCCACAACAACCGAAGAACCAACAACUACUGCAGAACCAACAACAACCGAAAAACCAACAACAACCAAAGAACCAACAACAACAGAAGAACCCACUACGACCGAAGAACCAACAACUACUGAAGAACCAACAACAACUGAUGGACCAACAACAACCGAAGAACCAACAACGACUGAAGAACCAACAACAACCGAAGAACCAACAACAACUGAAGAACCAACAACAACAAAGGGACCCACAACAACUAAAGAACUCACAACAACUGAAGAACCCACAACCACCGAAUCUACUACUUUAAAGCCAACAACGAAACCAACGACGACAACUAAAACUACAACGAAGCCAACCACUAAAACAACUACAAAACCAACCACUAAAACAACUACAAAGCCAACCACUAAAACAACUACAAAGCCAACCACUAAAACAACUACAAAGCCAACCACUAAGACAACUACAAGGCCAACCACUAAAACAACUACGAAGCCAACCACUAAAACAACUACAAGGCCAAUCACUAAAACAACUACAAAGCCAACCACUAAAACAACUACAAGGCCAACCACUAAAACAACUACGAAGCCAACAACUAAAACAACUACAAAGCCAACCACUAAAACAACUACAAAGCCAACCACUAAGACAACUACUAGGCCAACCACUAAAACAACUACAAGGCCAACCACUAAAACAACUACGAAGCCAACCACCAAAACAACUACAAGGCCAACCACUAAAACUACAAAGCCAACCACUAAGACAACCACUAAGCCAACCACGAAAACAACAACGAAAACCACUACGAAACCAACGACAAAAACAACAACAAAACCGACUACUAAAACAACGAAGCCAACCACUAAAACAACUAGAAAAUUAACAACUAAGAAACGGGCCCUAAGAAAUUUCGAUAGUUACGAGAGUUCGAACGCCAUAAUCGCUGGAUGGGGACUAACAUCUGAUGGAGGGUAUAGUUCCGACACGUUGAAGGCUGCCGACGUCCAAAUUCUCACUAACCAAGACUGUGGCCAAAAAUGGGGCAGCUUAUUCAACGUGAAUACGAUGAUGUGUGCCGCCGGAUCAACCAGCUCCAUCUGUGUGGAUGACGAAGGUGGUCCGAUUCUUGUUAACGGAUCUCAAGUAGGUAUCGCCAGCUUCUUUUCCAGCAGUAGUCAAUGUAGUGAUCCUAACGCUCCCGCCGUGUUCACCCGAGUCUCCGCUUAUGCUGGCUGGAUCGCGCAAACCAUGGCUGAGAAUCCCCCUCCAUCAUCCGGAUGAAAACAUCUGUGGAACAGCAUUCCCUCGGUCUUUUAGACAUCUUUAUUCAGAUAAGAUUUUCUAAAAUAUCAAAAUAUUUACAUUAAACUUUUAGGAUUGCUUCUGAGUGUCGCGUGAAAAAAUAUGCUUAAAGGUCAUGUCUGGUGCACAAAUACAUUUUUUGGGGCAGGUAAUAAAGACAUAAAAUCUGA